AAGAGGGACAGAGGAAGCUACCAUGUGCUGCUUUUUCUUGACCAUUGCCGUAACUUCCGAUUUCUCCAUUCCCAGAGCUACCAUGCCUUUUACUAUUAUUUUUACUUAAUAUAUAUAUAUAUAUAUAUGUGAGCCACCCCAAAAUCUCAUCUCGUUUUUCUUCUUCUUCUUCGUUUCUCUCUCUUUCUCUCUCCAACAAAUACACACGCACCGAAAGAAAGAGAAAAAAAAAGUUGUGUUAGUAUCAAUGCCUGCACAGAAGCGUUGUUUGUCAGAAAAUCUGGACGAUGAGGAGCAACAUCAGCAUCAUGCCAAGCAAUCACGACCGCAUCCUCAAUCACUAGUAGAUGAUGAAGUUAUUGUUGAUGACGAUGACGAUGAUGAAGCAGGACAACAUCUAGAACUACAACCUCAAGACCAACAAGUAAAAGAAGAAGACGAUGAAGAUGAAGAAGGAGGAGGAGGAGGAGAAGAAGAAGAAGAUGGUGAUGGUGAUGGUGAUGAUGAUGAAGCAGAAGAUAAGCAAACUGUAAAACAACAGCAGCAACACGAAAAAGAAAAAGAAGAAAAUGAAGAAGAAGAAGAUGCAGAAGCAGAGGAUUCUCAGGGAAGCCCAUCUUCUAACUUACAAGAAAAACCCGAAUUUGUCUUUGUGCAACUGACAGACAUUCGUAAAGAUGUGCAGUGUCCUAUUUGUCUCGGGAUUAUUAAGAAAACACGGACUGUAAUGGAAUGCCUUCACCGCUUUUGCAGGGAAUGCAUUGACAAAUCAAUGCGAAUGGGGAAUAAUGAGUGUCCUGCUUGCCGCACACAUUGCGCCAGUCGGCGUUCUUUGAGAGAUGAUCCAAACUACGAUGCCCUAAUUGCAGCUUUAUAUCCAGAUAUUGAUAAGUACGAGGAGGAGGAAUUGGCAUUUCAUGAAGAGGAGAUGACACGCAAUAAGCAGAUUCAAGCAUCAAUUGCCCAAAUUUUACAGCGACAAUCAGAAGCUCUAGUUAAGAGACGCCAACUGGGUAAUACACCCAGCACAUUUACAACUAGAUCACAGCGCAACAAUCGGAAUACUCAUUCAAGGCGACGGAGCUGCCGAGGCAUUGAACUUCAAGGAUCUGAGGACAAUGAGGAUGAAAAUGAUAAUAAAGAUUCAUCUUCUGCUGAUGAACAAGGUACAGAACUCAGGCAGAGAAGACGCAAGAGACGGGCAGGAACCAGGUCCUCCCAGCCUUCUUCAUCAGCAGCCAAUUCAGAUGGUGGGUGCAUUGAAAAUGAUUUAGAAGUCAGCAGAGAAAACAGAGGAAUAUCUCCUGGUCUUGUUUGGAACCCUGAAAUGCUUGCUUGGGGCCGGGCUGGUACCCGGAGUCACACACGGCAUGGCAAUGCUAGUGGUUACAACAGUAAGAGUGCCCAAAGCACUCGCUUGUCCAAGCUGGUUGAAUAUCUCCGGAGCUUAGAGGAAAAAAACGAUGAGUUAGAUAUUCAUCUCAUGCUUCGUUCUUUGGACUUACAAAGUAUACCAAGAUUGCAGCAGCCGCACCUUUGCUGUCGGCCAAGUUUGUCUGUUAAACACCUAUGUGAAUAUAUUGCUCGCCAGGUACCUUUGCAAGCUGAAGAAAUUGAAAUUCUGGCGCUAAAAGGGCAAGAAACUUCAGGUUUUAAAGCCAAUCGCCUUUUGGAAGAUGCAGGUGAUCCAGGUCAUGCUCCCAUAUUGGAAGAUCCGUGUCUGCACAUUUUGGAAGGGCAAGAAACUUUGGGAGGGCUUAAAGCCAAUUGCAUUUCGAAGAAGAAUCAUUUGAUUCUAGCAUACCGGCGGAAGGUGACUUAGUCAAACCCAUAAGAUCUGCUAUUGGCGUUCUGGAGAAAAUUAAAAGUUACAUUGCAUUUGCUGUUGAUAAGAGAGGUUGUAGAGGAUGAUAGUCAUAGGAUGAAUUGAACCCAAUUGAAGCAUUUUUUUUUUCCCAGUUGCAUUGUUGAUAAUGUAAAUUUACACAGCGUGAAUGCAAAACACAACAGCUUGGUGCACCUUAUUUAUUAUAUAGUGUUUCUUUUCCGUA